AGAAUAAGUUUUCGUAUGCCUUUCCGCAAGAGUUUCCCUAUCGAAUCAAUCACGUCCUCGAAUGCGAAUUCUAUCUCUUGGAAAUGAUGGAUUGCUGUCUAGUGUUAUACCAUCCCUAUCGACCUCUUCUGCAAUAUAUUCAUGAAUGGAAUAAUAAGGAGACAAUUCUUCCGACCGCUUGGAAUGUGGUGAACGAUAGCUACAGAACAGACAUCUGUUUGCUGUACGCACCCCAUCAGAUAGCGUUGGCAUGUCUUCAUAUGGCGUGUGUUAUCACUCAACGAGAUUAUAAGCAAUGGUUCGCUGAAUUGAACAUUGAUUUAGACAAAAUCUUAGAGAUUACGCGACAUAUUCUUAACUUAUAUGAGUUGUGGAAGAAUUUUGAUGAGAAAAAAGAGAUCCCAGCGCUAUUGGCAAAAAUGCCUAAACCCAAGUGCCAAACAUCGAGGCCUCCUUCACAGGGAGGGUCUCAGAGCGAAGGCCAGAACUCAAGCCAACCGCAAGGUUCACAAAACUCAUCCACAGCUUCUAAUUUAACGCAAACCAACAACUGAUCCAACCGUUCAUUCACUUCACAUAACAUUUAUCAUUCAUUUGUAAACCAUUUCAUUCGCCGUUACAACUGAUCCAUUUACGGAUCACUUGUCUUGUGUACCAGUGCUUCAUUCCAGUGAUAAAAAGCAAUUCUUAAUUGAUAUCAAUUUUAUUUUUCUAAUAUUGUUAAAUAUCAAAACAAAUCAGUGCUCA